AUGCAUGAAGUUAUUUUUAGCUUGGCCCUUGCCACUCCUUCAGCAACAGAGAACUUGACGCCGACCCCUCAAAACCCCGAGCCUGUCAUCGACUUAGAGAGGCCCAGCACCCAGGGCAAACGCCCUCCAUACCGGGUUCCUCCCGAAAAACAAUCCAAGAGAAAACGUCGCAAGACGACGAAGGACGGCAAAACUUCGUCGAAAAAGCAAGGCGGCGAUGCAUCGCAACCGAAGAAGAGUGGAAAGUCGCCUGCAAAGGAGACUUUCCCGAAAACAGCUUUGGAGCAACCGAAGUCCUUUGCAGGCAAUAAGGACAUCAGCUCAGCGGCCUCUUACUUUCUUUCCAUCUACCCCGAAGGGGAAACCUCUCGCUAG